CCCUACCUCACAAACCUGAGUACGAGAUAGGCGCAACAGACUCCAGAGGCCUACCACAAAUAUGCCGGCAUUUAUCACUUCACAAUGACGGCCUACACGGUAGCGCGAAGUCCUCUUCCAAGAUGAUGCGAAUACUUGAAGCCCAGGCACCUGCACGGCAGACCGCUACCGAUACCAUCCAGACACUAAGUAACCGAUUAUCGAGUGCAACACUACUUGAAGAUCGGCGGGCUGCCAUAUUGGGAUUGAGAAGCUUUGCAAAACUCUACCCUGCGUCAGUUGCGUCUGGAGCGCUCCGGGACCUCAUAGCAGGCCUUAGAAGAGAUGGAGACGAUUCAGAUACAAUCAAAGUGGUGUUGGAGACCCUUCUGAUGCUCUUCGAACCAGAUGAAAAAUCUCCGGAGGCUUCAGAAGAGAUAACGCUGUGGCUGGCUGACGAAUUCACACAACAUCAAGACAAUGUCACGGCGCUACUGGAUCUUUUGGAAUCAAACGAGUUCUACCUACGGCUUUAUGUUCUACAGAUCCUCUCACAUAUAUCUACGGCGCGGCCGCAGAGAACUCAAGAAGCCAUUUUUGCUGCGCCCCUAGGUGUCUCGAGGAUUACGAAUGUGUUGGAUGACCGUCGAGAAGCCGUCCGGAAUGAAGCCUUGGUGCUGCUUGUGGCCCUCACGCCGACAUCAGCCGAGCUACAAAAGGUUGUGGCAUUUGAGAACGCUUUCGAUCGCAUCUUUACGCUAAUUGAAGGCGACGGCGCUCUGUCCCAUGGCAGCACCACCGUCCAAGAUUGUCUAUCUCUGCUAGCAAAUCUGUUGAAUCUCAACACAUCGAACCAGUCAUAUUUCAGAGAAAUCGGAGGUAUUGUUAAGAUCAAGAACCUGUUCUUGGCGGUUUUGGAACAGGAAGACUCCUCGGAGGCAAUCUCGGAGUGGAUGAAGCCUCAGCGAGACAUGAAUGUUUGGGGUUUACUUGGCAUCGUACAAUUAUUUCUCAUCUCGGGCUCCCAAGGAACUGCCUUGAAUCAACAGUCAUUUUGGCAAGCAGGAGUCCUCCAAAUUAUUCUGCGCUUUGCUUUUUAUACAGCUUUCAGUAGUGGAAUUCGCGCUAAAGCCCUCCAAGCUUGUGGAGAUAUCAUUCGAGGGAACCCUGGACUCCAGGAGCGAUUCGGCGAUCUUCCUGUGCAGAUUAAGCAACCAGGACCUGCUUCAAACGGACAUGUCUCUCCAGCUACAUCCGAAAAACCUUCUAAAGGUCCAACGCCAGUUUACCAGGAUCAGAACGUCAUCGAAUCACUCCUUGAGUUGGCCCUAGAGCCAGCGCCGAUCGCUUUAUUUGACGUGAGGUUGGCAGCGACAUCCUGUCUCAAGGCUUUUGUGGAGGACCAUGCCGGUAUCAAAGCCCACGUCUUGCGCAGAGCCAUUGAAGGACAUAAAAGUGGGGACGAUACCAUCCCCAACAUGCUCACAGUGUUAUUGGAACCGCCUGGAACUCGUGGCACUUCUGAUCCUUACCAGCAAUGGUUUGCUGCUGUAUUGUUCCUCCAUCUCCUUUACGACAAUGCCGAGACUAAAGAGCUUGCAUUGACGGUCACCGAAGGCGAUGCUGACAAUGGCGAGGAGGUUGUCACAUUCAUUCAAAGCAUUACAAGUAAUGUGGUGGCUGGUGUACAGCACGUGGAGGACGAACGUGCCUUACUCGGGUAUUUGAUGUUGCUUUCAAUAUGGCUUUUUGAGGAUCCGGAAGCAGUCAAUGACCUUCUUGGAGAGGGUAGCAACAUUCAAGGUCUCGCUGCUGCUGUGAAGAUUGCUAACAACUCAAUGCCUCUGGUGGCUGGCCUUUGCGCUUUCCUGCUUGGUAUAGUCUACGAGUUUUCAACGAAAGAUUCUCCCGUGCCGCGCAAGACACUUCAUGGGUUAUUGAUGACCAAUCUUGGGCGUGAGACAUAUGUCAGUCGGUUGACCAAACUCCGGGAGAAUGUUUUCAUUCGUGAUUUCGAGGUUCUGCCUCAAAGCGGAAAUGGCAGCCUACCAGAUAUCUUCUUCGACAAAACUUUUAUCGACUUCUUGAAAGACAACUUUAGCCGAUUUCUACGGGCCAUUGAUAGGGAUCCAAACUUUGAGGUCUCGAUCGUAAGCAAUGGUGUUCAGAAAGGAGUCUCAAGAGACUUGGUCGAUAGCUUGAGGGCCGAGGUUCAAGAACAGAAGCAGGCUCUGGAGACGGCCAACACUGAGUUACUGCAGCUAAAGAGGAAACUAGAGCAGGAGGAACUCGACCACCGCAGAACCCGUGAAUCUCUGAGUGUUGAAGUCUCUAGGAUUCGGCAAAUCAAUCAGAGCCUGCAAGACAAUCACGAAGACGAAGUGCGAAAACUACAAGAGGAAGCUGCUAAAGAAAGGAGUCUGCUGGUGAAAAACCACGAGGAAGAAAUACACCAGCGCCGCACUGAACAUGUCAGUAUGGUCGAGACUAUCAGGAAGCAGCAUCAAGCCGAGGUUCAGAAGUUUGAGCAGCGCCUAAAAUUGCUUGAGCAAGAAGCUGCAAGGGAUCGAUCCGCAUUGAUCGAGCAGCAUCGACGUGAGAUGAGCGACGCAGAUUCAAAAGCACAGCAAGCCCGCCAGAGGGAAGCAGCAGAGGUCCGCGAUUUGCAAGCCUCCGUCGCUGAACUAGAAACACGCCUGAAAAAGAACCAGGAGGAGCAUGCCCAAGACCUUCAGACUGCACAUGAUGAGUAUAGUUCUGAGAAGAAAGGCCUCGUCGAACGCCUGAAGCGUGCAGAGAGUCGACUUGAAGAUGCUGAAAAACAUGCCCAGUUCCUCAAUGACGAGGUCGAUAAGGAGAAAGCUGCACGAAAGGAUGUACAAACGGAACUUGACGACCUUCUCGUCGUCUUUGGUGACCUGGAGGCGAAGAGAUUGGCGGAUAAACAGAAGCUCAAAGAAUUGGGUCAGGAGGUAUCCGAAGACGAGGACGAGGACGACAACGAGGCUGGCAGUGAAGCGACUGAAGAUGGGGACGACGAUGUCGAAUAAAAGUUAUCGUGAUACCCUAUAUAUUUUGUAUAAUUGAGCCCUCCGUAGGCUGCCC